AUGGCGAGCCCAACAACCUCCUCGGCCACCAGUUCCAAACCUUCCUCAGUCAAGUCGGACGGCAAAAAAUCGCCGCGUUUGACCCCGCAAAAUGGCCAAUCCGUCGCCAACGGCAAUGCGUCCCACGAGGCCCUGCCGAAACCUGCCGAGAAAGCCUCGAUGAAGGACAAGCUCUCACGCAUGUUUUCCACGAAAGACGUCACCAGAAACACUAUCGAGGUCCCCCAGCGCCCCCGUGGUUCCAGCUUUAAUGGCUCCGACAAGCCCCAACCCCCGAGCAGAAAGCCUUCCGCAACCAACGCAGAAAAGGUCCCUGAGAAACCCGCCGCUAAACCAGCAAAACCGCCUGCAAAGGACCUCCAACGAUUCAUGGCGAACCCGGACCUGCAGGGUGGCCAUGAGCACCACCUCAAGUCGAGCCGUCGCCAAGAAAAGCUCUCCGACAUGUGGCGCACCCUCAUCGGCAAGAAGCAGGAGAACGCCGAUAACGACCUAUCGCUCGUUUCCAACUGGGUAGACACCCUCAAGGCCGAAAAGGAGGAUAUGGCGGGAGACAAGAAGAACGGCCCCAAUGCGACGUCGUCGCUCGUCGAGAAGUACGGCAAAUGCCAAGAGGUUGUGGGCCGUGGCGCCUUUGGAAUCGUCAGGAUAUCCCACAAGAAGAUCGAGAACGGAACAGAAAAGCUGUUCGCCGUCAAGGAGUUCCGUCGUCGCCCGGAGGAGACGGAGAAGAAGUACAGCAAGCGCCUGACUGCCGAGUUCUGCAUCUCCUCGUCGCUCCGUCACCCCAACGUCAUCCACACCCUGGAUCUGCUCAAGGACGCCAAAGGCGACUACUGCGAAGUUAUGGAGUUCUGCGCGGGUGGCGACCUAUACACCCUUGUGCUCUCGGCCGGCAAGCUGGAGGUCCAGGAGGCGGAUUGCUACUUCAAGCAGAUGAUGCGAGGUGUCGAGUAUCUCCACGAGAUGGGAGUUGCCCACCGCGAUCUGAAGCCCGAGAACCUACUGCUCACCACCCGUGGCGGCCUGAAGAUUACAGACUUUGGCAACGGAGAGUGCUUCCGGAUGGCCUGGGAGACCGACCCCCACAUGGUGUCUGGCCUCUGCGGCUCCGCGCCCUACAUCGCACCCGAGGAAUACACCGACAAGGAGUUCGAUGCUCGCGCUGUCGACGUCUGGGCCUGCGGUGUCAUCUACAUGGCCAUGCGCACUGGUCGCCACCUCUGGCGCGUCGCUCGUAAGGACGAGGACGAGUUCUACGCUAGGUACUUGGAGGGUCGUCGUGACGAGGAGGGAUACGGGCCGAUCGAGUCCCUGCACAGAGCGCGCUGUAGAAACGUGAUCUACUCUAUCCUGGACCCCAAUCCCACCCGACGCAUCACGGCCUCCCAGGUCCUCAAGUCCGAAUGGGGCCGCGAGAUCAAGCUCUGCAAGGCGGGUGAAGAGGGCCUUUGA